AUGGCCACGCUGGUCUCCUUUAUUCUCUUUCCCCUCGCGCUGCUCCUCUUCGCCAGCGGAUUCUUUCCCUACAAGCCAUUUAUCCCUGGACUGGCGGUCUUUGAUGAAGGAGAUGAUGGUAGUAGGCCGUCGCCCAUCUUUGACCGGGUUAUAUUCAUGGUAGUAGAUGCUCUGCGAAGUGAUUUUGUGUAUGGAAACAACUCUGGAUUUCAAUUUACGCAAAGCUUGAUCAAGUCUGGGGCAGCGGUGCCGUUUACUGCCCAUGCUAGUUCACCAACCAUCACCAUGCCACGGGUGAAGGCGAUUACAACAGGAUCUGUACCAUCAUUUGUUGAUGUGAUCCUUAAUUUUGCAGAAUCAGAUACCACUUCAACUCUCGCUCACCAAGAUACCUGGUUGGCCCAGUUGAAAGCUAAGCCAGAUGGGCGGCUCGUCAUGUACGGCGAUGAUACAUGGCUGAAGUUGUUUCCUGAUAUGUUCUACAGGCACGACGGAACUACGAGCUUCUUUGUCUCAGAUUUCACUGAAGUUGACAACAAUGUGACACGGCAUAUCCCCGAAGAAAUGGGCAAUUCUGACUGGAAUGCCAUGAUAAUGCAUUAUCUUGGCCUUGACCAUAUUGGCCACAAGGCUGGGCCGAGAAGCAGUCCCCAUAUGAUACCCAAACAGAAGGAAAUGGAUACCGUAGUCCGAAUAAUAUACGGCUUCAUGGAGGAGGAGGCCCAUCUAUCAUCUGCACUACUUGUCCUAUGUGGUGACCAUGGUAUGAACGAUGGCGGUAAUCAUGGUGGUGCAUCGCCAGGAGAAACCUCCCCUGCCCUUACCUUUAUUUCUCCGAAAUUUCAAGAAAUGGGACUUGCAAGGUCACUGCCUAAGACCUCGUCUGAAGAAUUUGAUUUUUAUGAUAAGGUGGACCAAUCCGAUAUUGCCCCUACCUUAAGUGCCCUUCUUGGCUUUCCUAUUCCAUUAAACAACCUAGGGGUCAUUAUCCCCCAAUUUCUCCCGCUAUGGAAAAAAGACUCUAAUCGAUUGCAACUACUCCAAGAAAAUGCUAAACAGAUGAUAAACAUCGUGAAGCAAACAUAUCCAAGUUACGAUUUUGAUUCUACCACGCAGUCGGCCAAUUGUGAUAGUGACUCGAACACGGAUAUAGCUAAUCUUGAGUGCAAGUGGCAGAAAGCACAGCAGUUGAUAUCUCAACCUAUAGGAGAUACCAAUCUAUCUCUGGCUAUCGAGUCAUCCCUUCUAGACUUCUUACGGACCGCACAAGCCGUGAUGUCUAGCACAGCGAGCAAUUAUAACCUAACAAGGCUAUAUCAAGGUAUAGCGCUUUCCGGGCUUGCGUUCUUCAUAGCUCUGUAUGCAUGUGCCCAAAAGGGCUGCCAUGGGGCAGCAGCAGUGGGAUACAUGUGUCUAAUACUAGCUGGAUACGGAGCCCUGAUGUUCGCAAGCAGUUACGUUGAAGAAGAGCAACACUUCUGGUACUGGAUGGUUUCCGGAUGGAUAUUCUAUCUUUACUGGAAAUCCUCCAACAAACGAGAAUUCAAGUCGGGCUAUACUAGUGCUUUUGUCCUCGCUGCCCUGACGAGGGUUAUGCGACGCUGGAACCAGACUGGUCAAAAGUUUGCUGGAGAACCAGAUAUCGCCAAUACUUUUUUCAGGGAGCAUCCAAAUGUGAUGUGGAUUCUGAUACUUUUCGCAUACACUGAUCUAUAUCAAAGACUACUGCCAAAUACGUCCAUAGGAGACCCUAAGAAUAAGCUAUUAUCACUGUUAUACCUUCCCCUGACUAGCUUCUCAUUCAUAUUCAAGGUCGUCUUCACAGACGCUGAUGCACCGGAGCUUAUACGGAAUACUCCUUUCUUGUCAUUUUUGAUCAGAGGUGUACGAGGACUCUCCCUUGUUUUCCAGGCCCGGGUUGUCCUCAUUGGAGUCUUGAUAAGUUCCAUGUAUCCGAUAUACUUGAGAGCUACCAGAAAAGACGCUCGAAGCGUUGCAAAAAAAGACAUCCGUGGCACCUUUCACUCCCUUCUUACUCUAUUACUAGUCACUCAAUCUCGCGCCACCAAUAUCCCCCUAUUUGCGAUUUUCCGCCUCCAGCAACAGAUUCUCAGUUCAAUGACAUUGUCUACUACCGAAAUCACCAUCACAUCCCUUCUGUUCCAGUACGCAAGCUUUUUCGCCCUCGGUGGGUCUAAUGCUAUUUCCUCGGUCGAUCUGUCUAACGCCUACAACGGCGUAAGCGGCUAUAAUGUUGGCGUUCAACUGGGCUGGGCCGAUAUGGUGGGUAUCUGCCACACACCAUCUAUUGAGCAUUACUCGCUCCGCUCGCAAACAUCAAUCGAACAGGCAUAUCCAGCUUUUGACCAUGUUCGUGGCCACCAGUCUUCUGGCGGUUAUGGUAGCAUGCACUACCCUACGAACACAUCUAUUCAUAUGGACCGUAUUUUCACCCAAGUUUCUUUACAGUAUGGCGUGGACGCUGGCUCAGCACGCUAUCGUUAA